AUGGCGCCUCCCGUGCGCCCGGGGAUGCCGCCCCUGCUGCUGCUGCUGUUGCUGCUGCUGCUGCCGCCGCUCGGCUCGGUUCCAGGAGUGUGGAGCUUUAGCGAACUGUUUUUCAUGAGAGAACCACAGGAUGUGACUGUCACAAGGAAAGACCCGGUCCUUUUAGAUUGCCAGGCUCAUGGAGAAGGUCCCAUUAAGGUCACGUGGUUAAAAAAUGGAGCAAAAUUGUCCGAAAAUAAACGGAUCCAGGUUCUCUCUAACGGCUCUUUGUACAUGAGUGAGGUGGAAGGCAGGCGAGGAGAGCAGUCGGAUGAAGGAUUUUAUCAGUGCUUGGCAGUCAACAAAUACGGAGCCAUUCUUAGUCAGAAAGCUCAUCUGACGUUGUCAACCAUUUCUGCGUUUGAAGUCCAUCCAGUUUCUACUGAAGUCCAGGAAGGGGGCGUUGCUAGAUUUUCUUGCAAGAUUUCAUCAAACCCCCCUGCCGUCAUAACAUGGGAGUUUAAUAGGACAACCCUGCCUAUAACCAUGGACAGGGUGACUGCCCUGCCAUCCGGAGUAUUGCAGAUCUAUGAUGCUGGCCCGGAGGAUGCUGGGAAUUACCGCUGUGUUGCGGCGACUGUAGCUCAUAAGCGUAAAAGCAUGGAGGCCUCUCUCACCAUAAUUCCAGCUAAUGAGUCCAGACCCUUCUACAUGCCGACCAUUAUAGCCGGUCCACAGAAUGUAACUGUGUCUCUGCAUCAGACCGUCGUUCUAGAAUGCAUGGCCACAGGAUAUCCCAAACCUAUCAUUUCCUGGAGCCGUCUUGAUCACAAAUCCAUUGAUGUCUUUAACACUCGGGUACUUGGAAAUGGCAACCUCAUAAUAUCAGACGUCAAGCUACAGCAUACUGGAGUGUAUGUUUGUCGGGCCACCACCCCUGGCACUCGCAACUUCACAGUUGCCAUGGCAACUUUAACUGUAUUAGCUCCUCCUUCAUUUGUCGAAUGGCCUGAAAGUUUAACAAGACCACGAGCUGGUACUGCACGGUUUGUGUGUCAGGCGGAGGGAAUCCCCUCACCCAAAAUGUCCUGGUUGAAAAAUGGAAGAAGGAUACAUUCAAACGGCAGGAUUAAAAUGUACAACAGCAAAUUGGUAAUUAACCAGAUUAUCCCUGAAGAUGAUGCUUUUUAUCAGUGCAUGGCCGAAAACAGCCAAGGCUCUGCUCUGUCUCGAGCCAGACUGACCGUGGUCAUGUCGGAAGACAGACCCAGCGCUCCAUACAACGUUCAUGCCGAAACCAUGUCGAGCUCCGCCAUCCUUCUCGCUUGGGAGAGGCCACUGUACAACUCAGACAAGGUCAUCGCCUACUCUGUGCACUACAUGAGAGCAGAAGGCUUAAAUAAUGAGGAGUAUCAGGUGGUCCUUGGAAACGACACAACUCAUUACAUCAUCGAUGACUUAGAACCGGCCAGCAACUACACCUUCUACAUCGUGGCGUACAUGCCGAUGGGAGCCAGCCAGAUGUCGGACCAUGUGACCCAGAACACUCUAGAGGAUGUGCCCCUGAGACCUCCCGAAAUUAGCUUGACGAGCCGAAGUCCCACCGACAUUCUCGUCUCCUGGCUGCCCAUCCCGGCCAAGUACCGGCGGGGCCAAGUGGUGCUGUAUCGGCUGUCCUUCCGCCUGAGCACUGAGAAUUCCAUCCAAGUUGUGGAGCUCCCAGGGACUGUGCACGAGUACCUCCUGGAAGGCCUGAAGCCUGAUAGUGUCUAUCUGGUCCGGAUUACUGCUGCCACCCGCGUGGGGCUGGGAGAGUCAUCGGUGUGGACCUCACACAGGACGCCCAAAGCCACGAGCGUGAAAGCCCCUAAGUCUCCUGAACUGCAUUUGGAACCCCUGAACUGUACGACCAUCUCCGUGAGGUGGCUGCAAGACACUGAGGACCCAGCUGCCAUUCAGGGCUACAAGCUGUUUUAUAAAGAGGAAGGGCAGCAGGAGAAUGGACCUAUUUUCCUAGACACCGGCGACCUGCUGUAUACGCUGAGUGGCUUGGACCCCAGAAGAAAAUACCACGUGAGGCUGCUGGCGUACAACCACAUGGAAGACGGCUACCAGGCUGACCAAACCGUUAGCACUCCCAGAUGCGUGUCUGUUCGUGAUCGCAUGGUCCCUCCGCCGCCGCCGCCCCACCAUCUCUAUGCGAAGGCUAACACCUCCUCUUCCAUCUUCCUGCACUGGAGGAGGCCUGCGUUUACCACGGCCCAAGUCAUUAACUACACCAUCCGCUGUAACCCUGUGGGCCUGCAGAACGCCUCUCUGGUUCUCUACCUGCAAACGUCAGAGACCCACAUGUUGGUUCAAGGACUGGAACCAAACACCAAGUAUGAAUUCGCUGUCCGGCUGCAUGUGGAUCAGCUCUCCAGUCCCUGGAGCCCCGUGGUCUACCAUUCCACACUCCCAGAAGCACCCACAGGCCCCCCGGUGGGGGUGAAGGUGACCCUGAUCGAGGACGACACUGCCCUUGUUUCCUGGAAACCCCCAGACGGCCCAGAGACAGUUGUGACCCGCUACACCAUCUUGUACGCUUCCAGGAAGGCCUGGAUUGCGGGCGAGUGGCAGGUCCUCCACCGAGAAGGGGCAAUCACCAUGGCUCUCCUGGAAAACCUGGUGGCGGGGAACGUGUACAUUGUCAAGAUAUCUGCAUCCAAUGAGGUGGGAGAAGGGCCCUUUUCCAAUUCCGUGGAGCUGGUUGUCCUGCCCAAGGACACUUCAGAAUCAAACCAGAGACCCAAGCGUUUGGAUGCUUCUGAUGCCAAAGUUUAUUCAGGCUAUUACCAUCUGGACCAGAAGUCAAUGACCGGUAUCGCCGUAGGCGUUGGCAUAGCCUUGACCUGCAUCCUCAUCUGUGUUCUCAUCUUGGUAUACCGAAGCAAAGCCAGGAAGUCAUCUGCCUCCAAGACGGCACAGAACAGAACCCAGCCGUUAUCCCGUGCCAGUGCUUCUGGGGCCUCGGGGAGUGACGUGGGGAAGAGCCUGGAGAGGGCGACAGAGAAUGAAGAGUCCUUGGUACCCAUGAUGCCCAGCAGCUUCAUCGAUGCGAAGGGAGGGACUGAUCUGAUCAUCAAUAGCUAUGGUCCUAUAACUAAAAACACCACCAAGAAAAAGUGGCUUUUUUUCCAAGACACCAAGAAGAUGAAAGUUGAACAGACUCCAAGAAGAUUUACUCAGCCCGUCUGCUUUUACCAGCCAGGCACCACCGUGCUCAUCAGCAAUGAGGACUCCCCCAGCCCCCCAGGCCAGACCACCGGCUUCCCAAGACCCUUUGGGGCUGCCCUCGACACUGAGCAUUCGGCAAACAGUGAAGGCAGCCAUGAGACAGGGGAUUCUGGAAGGUUCUCCCACGAGUCCAAUGAUGAGAUACACCUGUCCUCGGUCAUCAGCGGCACACCCCCCACCUCCAAUUCCCUCGCCGGUGGUGAUGCUGAUGGAGCUGGUGUGCUGAAGAAUCAUGGAGACCCUGCGGAGCCCUUGCCAGAUGAGCAGACUUCUGGGCCUCGCUCUGCUGCCGAGGGGUUUCCCAUCUAG